AGGCACAGUUGCAGCUCUACCCAAAAUUUACCACUUCCUUAGUACAGUAUGUUUCGCUCCUCUUUACCAUCUUGAUGCGUAAGCGUGUGCGUUACGUUUGCUUUUUCUACAGAAAGAAGUAGUACAAUGAGAAAACUUGGAUAAUCGACAUCGAUCUGAUCAGAUAUACCCCUCUUUGUUCAUCAAUCGGUUUGAUUUUAGUCGCACGCGAAGAUGGACAGGCCGAAGUCGAUCAGAAAAAUGCAGAAGAGGGAGGCGGAACUUUCCGAGCUAGCUUUUCUGUUGAACGACCCCCAGGCGCUCGCCCAGAAAGCGGAAGUCAAGCGGAAAAAGAAAAGCACGAAGGAAAAGGAGUUCUGGCGCCGAGAAGAGCAAAAAAGGUAUAGAAGUUGACCCAAGUCCCAAAACCCCUAGCAGCCCUCCCCUAUGCUAGCAAGAUGAUGAUGAUGAUGAUGAUUAUGUGUUGAUGUAGUUCCGAGGAUGAUGUUCAUUUGAUGUGCCUGUGUGUCGUGAAAAAAAAACCAAAGUUUCUGUCAUCUUGUCCCACGCUACCCAAUUUAGGUCCGCCUUCCUGUCUGCCGCGUUGCAGAGAAAUGCGCGCACCAGCUCCUCGCAGUCCAGACACCCCUCGGCUGCGGACUGGGCGCGACUGUUCGGACAGAGUACGCCACAGGAACAGGACGCGAAUCGAGCGUCGGAUUUUUCGGGACGUCUGCAUCAAGCCGAGGGCGAAGCGGGGCCGGGUGAAAAUCCUGGCGGCGUCCUUGAUAUCGAAAAUGCCGAGGAUGAGGAUCUAGAGGCGCUCGCAAGUGCGCUUCUGAAGAAUGCCAACCAUCCGCACGACCUGGUCGCGGUUCCGCUCGCGCCAGACGAAGAAGAAGAAGAACAGGGGCGAGGAAGUAUAUUGCGCGAUGACUCCGUUAGAUCGGGCGCGGAAGCAGGGGAAGAACAAGCGGAUGUGGUCGGUCCCCUGGCAGCAUGGCGUUUUGACAGUGCUCGUACAACGCAUACCACACUUCUUCGCUCGUCAACUCAUAGCGGGACGACGAAUACGUCAGGCGGUACGCGGCCUUCCAUCGUCUUUGCCGGGGCACUGACGGAGGGCGAAGGGAAGCCGCCGGGGAGUACGAUAACCGGGAUUUCCCUCAGGUCUGUGACAACUAAUGAAGGAGAAGGAGAAAAAGACCAGGCGAGAAAUAACAUGUUGCUGGGACCGCCGGGAGGUGCCACGACACUACCGAGCCAAAGCAACGAUGAUUCAUCCGCUGCUAUCGACAUGCCCGCAAGUUUAGCAGUCCGCGAUCCCCGCCGAUCGGCAGCCGUGACGACCGGACUGGAGGAUUUCAAACGGAGGUCGGGCGUGCGGCCAGCAACUACAGGUAAUAUUAAACUUGGACAAGCAAAUACUGCAGCUUCGCCGCUUCGAGACGACAGCGAUAUUUUGCGGGGGCUUCUAGCGGCGCCUGGUGAUGCGGCAAGACUCGACGGGGCGGGCAGAAAGGUCGACCUGCUGCCACCGGAGUUCGCGCCGAUUCGCUUGCCCGUGGAGGAUGCGGGAUUUUCUUUUGCGCCCACGUUCCAGUUGCAAGCACAGCUCCCUAGCAGCUUCGACGUCUUCACUCCGGAAAGCAGGCGACCGAAUAAAACCGCGGAAGAUGCGCCCCUCGAAAUGUCGGACUACAACAAGUAUUUGACGAACAUGCAGCGGGUUUUGAACCAGAACGCCUUCGCCGGCGCGACCUUCCCACAGGAGCGGAAGAGCCGCGUGGAAAAAAGAACUGAGAAUACUAACGGCAAAGCGAAAACGGAAGGCGAUGCACCAGCUUCUACUGCGGAGCAGCUGAACAAAUCCAGAGUCCCGCUGUCACGGAACAUCGAGGUCGCUCGUCCCAGUGAGAAGCAAUCGGACGGCGCGGCACUGUCCUCGCGCACCAGCCGGCGCCGGGGCGAACCCAGAAAGCCGCGCGUUUCCAUGGGUGUCGUGAAAACGAUUUUGAAGAAGCCGAGCACAAGCAACGACGCACUGCAGGACCUUGUCGGCCGAAGUGCUGAUAACGAUCCAAAUGCAACAACGAACAAGCUGAGCCAAGGCAAGAAUAGCAGCGCCACUUCGCUCGGUUCGGACCAGCAGGGGAAAAGCGAGCAAGAAGGCGACACGCAAGACGACCCCAAUCCGGGCGAGAAUUUGCUUUUGAGUCAGGGGGAGAAGCUCGCCGUCCCGACGGAGCAAAUGUUUGAGGACUUCAUCCUGACGCCGGAAAACCGGGCCGGCCUCGUGCACCUAAUUGAGCUGGCCCGCGCGCUCAGCGGCGAAGGCGACUUCGAUCGCGAGGAGGUGGCCAAGCACGUGAUGCAGUUUCCCGACCUGCUCGCGUGCAUGCUCACGAACCAGGUGCUCGUGCUGCUACCGGAAAACGUGAAGAGGAAUUUGUUGCUGUGCCAAAUUGACGGCACGAAGUUCGACAAGGAGACGGGGCGAUUGCUGCACACCGCCCCGGAUUCCAACGAGGCGCUCGCGAAGUUCUUCCAGGACCACCACAACCCGGAGCAGAAAAUGAUGCACGCGUCGUUCAAACAGCAGAAGCAGCACUUCGCCGACGUGGGCGCGUACCUGCGCAAGGGGACGGGGCACUUGGCGCAACUGAACAGCGCGCACUACUGGAGCAGUCCGCACGACGUGGUGUACCCGGAAACGAGCCCGUUGUCGGAAGACCCGGGGCUGGCGUUCCUGCCGCACCACGCCAGUGUCGCGGAUAUGUACCCCAAGUACUGCGUGCAGUUCGUCCGCAGGGCGUUGGCGUCUACCCGGUACCGACUGCUGGCGAUGAUGCUGCACGAGGUACAGGAGCGGUUUGGCGAGACGGCCGGCCGCGAGGCGAGCGAGUUGGCCGAGGAAUUUUUCCAGUACACCAGCGACUGGCUGCAGGCCGACCGCUCGGGCUUCCGCUGCGCCGGACUGCGGGAGCGGGAGCAGGAGUUCUUCGCGCUAGACGUGUACGGCAACACGGAGCGGUCUAUGAAAGGUUUCUUUCGCCGCUCCCGCUGGGCGACCGCGGCCCGUGGUGGUGACCAGCAGGGUAAGAGUCAGGAUGUUCCACCGGGGGGACAAAUCGACAAGGACCUGGGUCGUGCAGCAGCUACCGACUCCGCAACUGAGGAAGACGUAGAGCGGCGUCGGACGUCGACCGGUGUUGAGAAACAGGCGGAAACACGUGGAACCGGGGGCCGCCGUGGGACGAAACACAAAGAUCGAGGACAGCUGACUGCACAGAUGGCGGAGUCCUCUGUGGUGGACGCCGCAGAAGAGGAAGACGGUCCUGCAUUCCGUCCCACGAUUCAAUACAAAGCCACGAGCAGUAGUCCCAAGACGACGCGCGCGUCCUCCGAUGGGGUAACUUUUGGACUGGAAGAAGAUAAUCAAUCCGCCGACCCGGACAGACCGUUCAUUUACGUGCCGCGCGGCACGCCGAUGUGCGUGAUACCAGGGUACUAUCCCCCACCUGGCCACCCUGCAUACCGACCCGCGGUGGAUUCGGCUCAGGAGACCACCACGACUCCUGCGGGAGACAAUAACAACAAAACGCUGCUCUCGUCCUUCGCCGGGGGGUACAGCCAGCCAUUGAAAAAGUCUCCGUUUCGCGACAGCGCCGCGUCUGCGAGCGAUGGCAGUCAAGGGAUUCCGGCCCUGCAGAGGGUCUCCUCGUCGGCGGAUGCGGUGGUGGAGCGGGUGCGCAAGCAAGUGAACAAGCCUUCCGCACUCGGCGCGCCGACAAAGCUGGUGACGCAGAAAAGGGCGUUGGCAGGGCGAAGUGUGCGGGUGUCCGGAAGAGGACAACUGCAGAACUACUCUUCGCUGGAAAUAGAACAACAGAAAUUAUCCUUCGACUCGGAGAAAGCGGUGAGCGAGAGCAGCGAAGAGGCCCCCGCGGCUCCGUGGAGAGGGAAACUCGGGGUGCCGUCUUUCUCACCUGGGCAGGUGCGGUUCGGCUGGCGGCCCGUCGGCACGCAGCAGCAGCAGACGCCGCCGUGGCGGCAGCAGUUUCUCGUCAAUGCCUUGAAGGAGAAGGCGACAACGGUGCGAUUCCGCUCCCAGGCCUCGCUUCAGUCGAUCAAGUCCAUUGGGUCCAAAAGCUUUGCAAGCCUCCGUUCGACCGAUGACGAGGACGAGGGGCACAGGUCGAAAGACAAGAAAUCAUCGGCGAACAAUGGUCCGAGAGCUCCCGGCAGCCCCUCCGGCAGCCAGCAAGGCGUCUUUCGUUUUUACCCCGAUAGCACAGAGGACGAGCAGAGCGAGGACAAUUUGGCUCGCGACAUCAAGAACCUAGUAGAUUUCGACGAGACAAGGCUGCUGCAACGUGUGAGUCACGGCGAUAGCGAGCUACUCUGGCACGCCAUGGAUUCGCAUCCCGAAAGUGCGGAGCGAAGGAGACGAGAAGCGAAGAGGAAAGCGAAAGAGGAAGCAAAAAAAGCGCAAGAACUCGACGGUAUGUUCGCGAUCAAGAACAUGAAGACGCGGGAGUCCCGGGUGCACAAAAAGUUUGACCUGCAAGCGCGAAUCGCCAACGACUGGGGGCAGCUCUGGCAGUCUGACUGGCUGAAACUCGUGUGCAAGCCGCUUUUCGACCAGGCGAAAACAUCCGACCCGGAAAACAUAACCAGUCCCUCCGCCGCACUGAGGAACCACGACUGGAGGGCGUUCCCCUUGACCCAGCACUUACUGGGUUUGCAGUCCAUGAUCGGUACGGCGGAAACGGAGAAACUAGCGGACUACUUCACCAACUUGGAAGAGGAACAAGAAUCGGGUGCGGUGGCGAACAACAAUGCGGAAACAAGCAAUGAAAAUGAAGAUCAAAAAGCACACUCCCCCGUCGCCGGGGAUGCCGCGAGCAAAAAUGCUAGUUCCACCUUGACCGCGCGCGUCGAAGAGUCCCUGGACACGUUUUUGCGUUUGAAGCUCCGGCAGCACAAGCUGUGGAACGAAGAAGAUUUGCGUUCGGAUUUGCGCGUUUUCCUCUCGGAACACCACGGUUUGGACGACGUUCCGGAGUUUGACUGGGAGGGCUUUAUCAAAUGGAAAAAUGUCUGGGUCUGGAAGAUUGCACGAUUUGUCAUGCAUGUUUUGUAUGAUCCAUAACGCCUCUAAUGCAGGACCUAGCAUGACAGAUUCUGCGAGAUCCGUAUCAUGCCUUUCCUGCAUGAGAGACUUCCUCUCAACUUGGUCCAAAGUGGACAGGUUUUGGCAUUCAUGCAACACAGAUUUUUGCACGAUACAGAAAGAGCAUUACAAGUUGCAAUCUUCCAGACCCAGACAUUUUUGCAAUGCAUAGGCUUCGAGGGGGCGCAGAUCGAAAAAUUGGAGGAGGAGGCGAGGCAGGAAGCCGAACAGGCAGCGCGGAUGGGCGUGGAGGACUUGGAAGAGUUGAACCAGGACGAGGCGCUAGGGGAAGUAGGAGCAGACAUGGACAAAUUCUACUGCGCACCGACAGGAGAAAUAGUAGCCGGACAAACAGACAAUGGUUCUUCCCCGACAACUACUGCUGGAGAUAAAGCGCGGAAGGCGGUGCACACCUCCGAUGCGCAGCGGCUGAUGCUCGAGAUGGAGAAAGCGAAGCAAAAAGCAAAGCAAAAGGAGAAGCAGAAAAAUUUGCUCGGCGCCGGGCUGACGUCUAAGCUCAAGAAAGACGAAGCAAAGGACCUGGCCAAGGAGGGGGGCGCGAUGGCGAAGAAGAACAAACUCGCGCGGUUGGUCCGGAAUGACGUGCAGACUGCUUUCGCGAUUAAGGAAAUGGGUGACAUCGAGCGGCAGAAAAAGGAAGCGGAGGAGCAGCGAGCUCGGGAAGCGGCGGAGGCAGCGGAGCUGCACCGGACGGCGCUGGAGGCGGAGGAGGCACUGCAGAAGGCCCUGGACUUCGACUCGUUUCGCGGAAAGAUGCACGGAAUCAUGAACGACCACGCAGGAGGAGAGGAUAAUUUGGAGGACAGGAAAGAGCAACAGUUCGAAGACGAGGAACCCGUUUAUGCUGGGGUAGCUGAGAUCGAAGAACAACUGGGGCUUGUUGGAAACUACACCCGCGGCAGCCAGGACCGCGCGGUCCGAGCUUCUGCCGCUAACAUGGAGCAGUUCCCUUCUGAGCCACCAAGUGCGUUAGACUUUGAGGACCUUGAACCGCAGGGUGCAGACGCAGAACAGAUAGUACCUGCUUUGCGAAAAAGCCAGCGAAAGAGCGGAAGAACCAGUGCGGUGUCCUCGCCCGGAGUACAACUACAGCUGGACGCAGAGAAGAACCGUUCGUCACAAAUCCUCGGCGUCACUCCGCCGUAUUUGGAAAUGGAGAAUAAAGUGGUCCAACGAGAAGAUGCAACAGCAGCGCCCAUGUCGUCCGCGCGGUCGAUCAAGUCCUCCGCUCGGUCGAGCAAGUCCAGCAGUUCCGUAGACCCGACCAAGGUCGGCGUCGGAGCGAGUAUCUUGGCAGGGUCGAAAAGUAGAAAGUCAGUGACGAAGCCCUUUGAGGCCUUGGCGGCGAAGUCCGCCUCUGGUGUUUACGAAGAGUUAGUAGAUCCAGCUGCUGCGGUACUUUCGCAAAGAGGAAAUAGGAUUAGUGUGCGUAAGUCAGCGGCCGCGGCGGCCUCUGCGGAUCUAGAUGAACCAACGUUGGAUAAUAAUAUGGUGGACCGCAGAUCCAUGACGGGAACGGGAACAAGCGCACGAGUUUCGGAAGCAAGAAAAUCCCGAAAAAUAGGUGGGCAACAAGUGGACGAAAUCGUAGUAGACGUGCAAGCCGGCCCGUCGGGAGAAAUGUUGGUAGCUGCAGGAGACAAAGAACAGCGUAUGAUGAUGUCGCGGAAGUCCAAAACCGAACAAACGCAGCAAGCGUUGGAUUACAACAGCACAGAGGAAAUGCUACAAAUGGGUGGAUCAUUUUCUGUGUCCGGAAUGAAGGAGCAAAGGCGGGGCACCAUUCCAGCAGGACAAUUUGGGACCACGAGAAGCUCUAUCCUCGAGGAAUUGGCUGACAAACGGACGACGAUCGUAGAGGAAGAACUGAGCAGGCGGUCGUUGUUCAAAAGAAGUUCCAAGGGGAGUGUAACAGGAGCUGCCCCACCAGUGGAACUUCUUCAGGACGGGAUCGAGAACGAGACAGAAGCAGUGUCGCAGCCACCCGCAGAUGAAAGUUCGAUAAGGCGGAGCUCCGUAUCAAAUAGUUCGUCCGCCGGAGGCUCGCAGAGACUGCGGAAGAGCGUUGCGAAAGUGCGGGGGAAGUUGGUGUUUGCGACCACGUUCCAGAGAAACUUGCACGCGCCUGGAAACCAGAUCGGGCGGGCCGAGCGAAAGGCAGCUGCUCAGUUGGGGAGGUUCACAGCCGGGGGGCGUGUAACGGGUCUGCAAGAAGAGGAAUUGGAUUAGAGUUGGUCGGAAGUUGUACUUGCAGUAGUACACGUGAAACCCCUUGAAAAGACACUACAACACGACUUUCUCUUGAAGUUUUGUUUUGGAAAGAAAAG